CAGUAACGUUACCGUUACGGUUGGUUGAGGUAGCUGUCAAUUGAGACGAGUUUGAGGUGACAGCGAGGACAUGCUUCUUUUUAAAAUUGGAAUAAACAAAAUAUCGUACUCUAGAAGUUUUAGGUGGUUUGUUGAACAAAAAUGACCCAUAAUGAAGAAAGAACUCACUGGAUUAAAGAAGGAGUCAUAGGUCUUGGAGUUGGAGUUCUGUAUGGUGUCACCAAUGUCUGCAUCGGCCAUCCAUUCGAUACACUUAAAACGAAGAUGCAGGCAGAGGCUGGAUUCGAGAAAACCAAUAUGGUGCAGACAUUCGUGAAAACAUUAAAACAACAGGGAUUAAAAGGAUUGUAUAGGGGUUGUAUUCCACCAUUAUGGGGAUCAGGGAUAUACAGAUCAGCACAGUUUGCUGUUUUUGAAGCACUGUAUACCCAACAAGACAAUAGAAUCGGAAAAUAUGAACUACCAGGAACAGGAGGACUCCAACUGCGAGUAUUAACAGCUGGAGCAUGUGCGUCAACUGUUCGAGCUAUUAUUGAAACACCCUUAGAAUAUGCCAAGGUCAGGGGUCAAACCAGUCAAAAAUGGCAGCUAUCAAAAGUUUACACAGGUUUCGGAGUAACAUGGUGUAGAACUAUGGGAUUGAUGUGUACAUUUUUUAUACUCGUUGACUCGGGCAGACGUCAUUUUCCAGAACAUUUCAAGCGUCCACUUCUUGGUCCUUUCUUAACAUCGGGUAUUGCUGCAACAUUGGCCUGGUGGAUUGUUUGGCCGUUAGAAUAUAUGAAAUGUCAAGUUCAGUGUGAUUAUGGGCGGAAAGUGUCUGUUGUACAGAGAAUGAGAAACGUUAUUCGUGAAAGAGGCGGAUUCUUCGCUUUAUAUCGUGGACUGAUGCCUGGAACGAUUAGAAGUUUCUUAGCAAAUGGAACUAGUAUGGUUGUCAUGGUUACGGCUCAACGAAAGGUGUCUGAAUGGGGAUUGCGUGGAAACUAGAUCUGUUAAUUCUCAUAAUAUUGCCUCCUAAUAUUAUUUAAUUAACAGAAAGAGCUACAAAAUCACAAUGGAAAAAGAUCCAUUUCGCAUGGGACAGGAGUAGUCAGUAUUAACAUAUACCAGAUGCUAAAGGUCAGGGUUUUUUCCAAACAAGAUAGAGAAUUGGGAUUUAAAGUAGCUAAGUCUAUAACUGAAUAUCGUCCAAAGUCUUUCACAUUGAAAACACAAAUUAUUUGUCAAGUUAAAUCAACAUUGAUGUUGUGAUCUCACCCGGAAAAGAUGGGUUUAUGAUAUCCAAUAUUUAAGAUAAAAUAAACAUUUUACCAUUGGUACACGAAUCGUGUACCGUAAUGCGUUUCAGCGCCAUUUGUAACAAGGGACUCAAAGAACAAGGCUAGACAUAUUCCACAAGUCAUGUCAAACGAUGAGGCCAUAUUCUUAUCUGGAGAGCAUGCGCAAUAAAUACUAUCGGUGUAGACUGGAAUAACCACAGACACUAGAGACUGCCAUUCGAUUGAAACUUCUGGCAUAUUGAACAUAACUGAUUACAAAUUAUAGUAAAAACAGAAACGAUUGAAUGUAAAUCAGUUUAUAAACAUUCAUAUUACAUUAUUAAAUGCGUUGCGACCCAUUUGUGACAGUUUCUAGGUCCCAAAUAUUAGCGAUUUAGCUCCUUUAAUGUCCACAACACAAACCAGGUCAUUUUGAGACCAAUCUGGUAUAAUAUUUCAAUAAAUUAUUUCUGUACAGGGGUCUUUAAUAGGGGAAUAGGCCUAACCUUGAGAAAAACCCAGGUGAUUAGGCAGGUGUCUCUACUCCUUGUCAUUUACAGGCCUGGGAUCCAAACCAUGCCACUUGCAUCAAUAAAGUGCAAACGUUGAACCACUAUGAGCUUGGGAUCAAAGCCACACCACUUGCCUCAAUGACACAUGGUAAAGAAGCUAAACCUCUAACUGAAUAUUUUCCAUAAAAUUUGAAAUUAAAAUUCAAUAUUGGUCCAUUUCAACCAAUAUUGACGUUGUUAUCUUGCCGUGAAAUAUCAAAUAUUUAAGACAUAAUGAACAUUGUAUUUAAAAAUCAAUACACGAGUCGUGUAUUCUGUGGUUUCGAGCGCCAUUUGUAAUGAACAAAGAAACAUAUCCUACAAGACAAUGCAGAAGUAAUUAGUAAUAGGUGAUUCACAAAGGCCAGUAUAAUAAUAAUACUGACAUAUAGGAUGAACUAAGCAAGCGUAAACGAUUGCUGUUCAAUUUGGACAGUUAACGUAUUGAUUAGAAAUUACUAUCGUUUAUUUUUUAAAUUGAAUAUAAAUCACUUUAUAUACAUUCAUAUUACACUAAUAAUUAUGUGCUCAUAGACCAAUUUUCGUCUUUUUUAAGGUUUCAAACAAUAGAGUCAUGCGCCCUUUCAACCACACCGUCACCCAACCCUAUUCAAUUUCCACAUAUACAAGCCCGGAGGUCGAAUUCAUGCCACAUGAUAGACAUGAUCUAAGUCGUAUACAUAAAAACCACUCCGCCAUCCAACCUAACCUUCGGAAAAUAAUGGAAGAAUACUCAAUGGACAGGGUUAUGAAUUGUAGAAUUGUACAUACCUUUAUCAUGAAAGUAUAAUAUUUUUUUUAUAAUAAUUGUAUCUCAUAUAUACUCUUUAAAAAAAAAAGGGAUAUUCAGAAACAAUACAAAACUGCGGAAAUGCACUGCUGUUUUUAUUAGAGGUAACCAGUGUAUGUUAAUAACAGGCCAAUUGCCUACACAUGAACAUAAACAGUUCAUAUGGGCGGCUUAUCUGACGGCAACAUUUCAAUCGCAAAGAGAUAUACCGUCAAAAGUGAAAAUGGACGUUUUUGAUUUUUGUCUCAAUAUAAUGAGUAAUUGCUCCACCAGUCCUCAGACAUUCAGCAAUUCGACGUGUCAUCCAAUCACGAUUUGUGACAAUCUGACCCACUCCUCUUGCAGUGCCACAGCCAAUUCUUGCAGUGUUGUUGGUUGACGUUGACGUCGACGAACACGUCUCCCGAUCAAAUUAAAUGUAACACACUAAAACAAAGAUACGCUAAACAGUAAAUCUUAUGCAAGAACUGAUAGGAAAGCAAACAUGGAUAGAUAAACCAGCACGCGACAGUUUUCAUCAACUCUUCCUUGAAGUGUCAAAUUUGACAAUGAACCCCUCCCACGUGUAUGGCGCUAUUGCGUGUCGCAUGUGCAGCUCAGUGGUUCUGUUGGGGCGAUAAGUUCUUCAUCUGUGAACAUAGUCUCAAAGCAUGUCAAAUGUCCAUGACUAUUUAUCAUAUCGCAUCUUGCAUAGGUAUUUGCAUUUCAAUAUCCCCUACUUUUUUUGAAGAGUAUGUUAAAGGGCCAAUCUCAAUUAUAGAAUACUCAUUGAAUGGGGUUAUAAAUUGUAGAAUUGUACAUGCCUUAUACGUGAAAGUAUAAUAUUUUUUUAUAAUAAUCGUAUCUUGUAUUGUGUUAACUUUUUCUACGAUCAGGUAUUUUUUCAACUGAAUUUGUUCAAAAUUCAUUUUGCUCAAUUUGCUAUUAAAGUCUCUAGCGUCAUUUAUAUUUUAAUCUAUGAAAAAUGUACUCAAAUUGAGAUGAUUUAACAUUUAAUUAAGAUUGAUCUUUAAUUGGCAUUUAGCGAUUGGGAAACACAUUAACAGAACACAGUUUUUAUGGGAAACAUUCACUGGUUUAUUCUAAAAGCACGACAUUUCGACAAGUAUCCUCUUAUCGUUAUC